AUGUUCUGGGUUUUCUAUAUGAUGUUUUCCAUAUUUCGAUCGCAUCGAAAUCGAUUCUAUUGGCGUGAUGGUAAAUUACAUUUUCGAAAACAAAAUCCUCAACAACAAGGUCAAAAUCAAAGAAGACUAACACCUGCUGAAGAGCGUCAAUCAUUUCAAAAUAAUAUUCGACAAUGGCUUAUAUUUUAUGGUGUUUUAGCUAGUAUUAUCAUUGCUAUUCUUAUUUAUCGAUUAAAUAUUCGUCAAAAAAAGGUUACAUAA